CCCAUCUCUCUAUAAAUACACCUCCCUCCUCUUCCAUCUAACACCUCUCCUCCCAAACCAUUCCUGCAAAAAUGUCCAAAAAUACCAUCGUUGUGCUUUCUCUCUUUCUCCUUUUAUCGCUAACGUACGCCUCCCGCCCUGGCCGAGUUCUUCUCAACGACAUCCCACAGAAAACCCAACAAGAGGUUUUUGAUGAGGAGAAUAUGGACGGUGGAGAUGGAUGUGAUGGAGUUGGGGAGGAAGAGUGCUUGAUGAGAAGGACCCUUGUAGCUCAUACAGAUUAUAUCUAUACACAGAAGGAAAAGAAACCAUGAUUUUGUGGCUGUUUUUUUUUUUUUUUCCUGGGUUUCGGUAUAUUAAUCUCCUUUGUUAACUAAAUCAUCUCCAAUCUAUAAAUUUCAAUAAGAGUAUUAUUUUAUUAGA